AUGCCGCCACAUUCUCGAAGCCUGGAGGGUCAGAGUCGCCAAAGCGUGGAGAUUCUCGAUGCUCAGGACACAUCCGACCCAGAAUUGGUUGUAGUUCCUACUGGGCGGGUGGCUUCGAGCAAAGGUGGGGUGGUUGAGGAUGUGCCACCAGCACCGCCACUGAUGAUUGAAGAGAAGCUGAACCUCCUCAUUCACUUGGUAGAGCAGCAGAGCAACGAAUUGCAGAAAGUUCACCAUCGCGUGGCUGCGGUAGAGGAGAAGCUCACUCCGCUGUCUCAAGCCGAAGCUCCACGUGGAGCUUUGUCUUUCAUCUCCCGCCAUUCCAGACGAUUGAAUUCAAAGGCUUCGAAGGCAGAAACCCCCAUGUCAUCUAAAGCAGUCUCGGAUUUCAAUGACAUCGACGAGCUGGUAGGGCAAAGAGUCAUGAAGGCAGCAAUGAAGAGUCGACAAGAUGAUAACAAAGGCAGUGCGAUCUACAAAAGAAGCGGGACCUAUCAUAUUGGAGCAUCGCAGAACUUUGCGGCAAGCUUCGCCAUGUCAAGGAAGGUGAGUUUUGGGCCGGGGAGUUCUCAGAAGUCUCUUGCUGUCCAAGAACCAGUUUCCGCUGCCAGGUCCUCGAGGUCCAUUUUGAGGACUGAGGACAACCCGGGCUCAGUAGGAAAGACGAAAACAGGAAGCGUCAGUCCUGGUGAUAUGAUUGAGGUUGCGGGCGCAAGCUCAGAGGCGGGUAAGUCCAAGAUCUCCGGCAAAGAGCAUUGCGCAUCCUUGCGGGAUGUCUUCAAGCAUCGUGAAACCCAGCUGGUUCCUGUGUCACCUACGGGCACCACGGGAACUAGCAUGCGCGUGCCCACGGGAUUUCAGCAGGAGGAGGAGUAUGUCCCAUCCGGCUACGGUGAGCGUGGUGCUUCCUGCUGUUUGGCCUGCUGCGAUGCCUGGACACGCUUGUGUGGCCUCACGCCCUUGGUUCAGCGGUGGAUCGAGAAUCCAGAAGAGGACUGCGAAGAUUUGGAUCCGUGGAUGAUGCUGGUGUCAAAAGCAUACCAUUGCCUGGUGUUGAGCCUCAGCUGUGUGGGGGUUUGGGCAACCGCCACUCGCAUAAGCGUUUGCAGCUCCGGAAGCGACAUCGAUCCAUGUGCAAGCGGGCCUGCGACCGACGUGGCUAUUGCAUUUGGUGCCACAUUGACCAUCGCAGCCUGUGGUGGCUUGAGGCACUAUUUCAAGAGCGCACAGAUGCAGAUCCAGAUCAACGAGCACCUUUUGGCGAGUGUCGAAAGCGAAGGCCUGAUGAGCCAUCUUCGCAGGCAGAAGACUACAGACGGCUUCGUCACUGUGCUUCUUUGGAUUGCCAUCCUGGCAGCACGCCUUGGGUUCUACAGCCUUCAGCCGGAGUUCAAUGGUCAUCUCGCUCGGGCCAUCGUCCCGCAUGCUUUUGCCUCUGCAGCUCUUCUAGGAGCCUGCUACCUUCAAGUGGCAUGCUGGCGUGGCGUGUCUCUGACCAUUGUUGCCUUUGCGCGGUCCCUGCUCUCCGGGCAUAUUCGCGGUCAGGGGGCCAGAGCAAAGUGGCGCGAGAUGACCAGUUGCAUGCGCCAGGCUUCACGCAUGUAUCAGCUGUCAGCCGCAGCCCUGGCACUGACAGCCGUGCUGGUGGUUUUCACAUCGCUUUUUGACGUCCACCAGGGCUUGAUGGCAGAUAUCUUGCCGAAUCUGGUGGUGGCAGGAAGCCUACUUAGUUCUUUGUAUGUCGCAGCUUCUGCCACGGCUCACUGCACGAGGCUGCCUUCUUUCGUUAGCAUGCUGGAUGGUGGCGAGGAAGACAUGGAGCUGGAGUACAUGAACCUAUCUCUGUAUCUGAGCCUGAGUGAGUCGGGCUUUUUCAUGUGGGUCAGCGUUGCUGCAGACUUCUAUGCCAACGAAGGCGGCAGUGCUUCGCUGCUGGCGCACGGGCUGUCUCAGCACGCGGCUUCUGAACCGUGCCGGCUGUGGACAUUCGAGGUCCAGGCUGAUUGGGCAGCAUCCACAGCAAGAAGCUUGCAGGCCGCUGGUGCAGACGUGUCUCUGGUGAAGCCUGCAUGGUCUGGCUCUGCGGCGCAGGAAGCCUUGUUGAAGGAGGCUCGGGGUGGUGAACCGCGAGCUGCAGUUCGAGCCAUCGUUGUGGCAGAGGUGCCGUCAGCUAGGCACCUGCCUUUCACCACGACACAGAGGCAGGCCCCUUGCAUGGAGAAGCCGGGCAUCCAGUUUGCCUUCAUUGAUCCUCUUGAGGCCUUCGUCCCAGAGUUUUCUAUACUCUUCACGUCGUGCCCGGAUUUGAAGUGGAUUGCCGAGGUCACCUCCCCGAUUUUCUUGAUGAAUGAUGACGAGUUGCAGCAGAAGAUCGAUCGCCUCGUCAAGCUUGUGAGCGAGAAUGUGCCUGAGUCGGGGACCAAUGAGACUGAGCCCGCCGACCCGGGCCAAGGAAACCUCCGAGCCUCCAGGGAGGCCUCACCCAAGAGGGACGAGGCUUCUUGGCUUGUCGGCGUUGACGAUUUGAGGAGCAUCGACGCCGCGUCCUCAAAGGCUACUCCGAGUUCUUCGUCGAAAGUUCCCAGUUCCGCCGUACAGGCCGUUCCGACUUCCUCGCGGCGAUUUUGGGGACCUUCCUUGACGGCGGCGGUCAAGGCCAACCAGCGCCGGCUGGUAGCUUCAAAGCCAGCGCCAAGACAGGAAGCCAGUCAUGAAGGAGAAGAGGGCAGGGAUGAGUUUGCGGUUUCUCCUGAGGCGAGGAAAGCUUUGGCAUCCAUUGGGCGCAGCCUUGAGACGGGAGACCUGCACAGUUGGGAGCUCCACAACGCUGCGCGGGGACUCACGCGGAAACUGCUGAAAGCUACAGUGGAUGAUGCAAUAAUCCUUGAGGAGUCUGAGACGUGGCAGGGAAUCCGCAUGGGGGCAGCCGUGCCAGACUUGGACGUCCGGGUGAUCCUUCCCAUAUCCCGAGCACUCCACGCCAUUCCGGAAGGACGGGCGGUAGUGGGCCAACUGGUGACCGCCUUGGUACUCCUGCGACUGCACGGGCUAGAGCCGGCCUCGAUCGGGAGAGCGAAGAGGAAGGCGACGGACCGGCUCUUGCGGCAAUCGUUGUCGGAAUAUAUGACGAAGAAGAAGGAGAAGAAACAGAAGAAGGAGAAGGUGGAGAAGAAAGAGAAGAAGGUGAAGAAGAAGCCGAAGAGGGCAGACGAGGAACCAGACAAGGAACGCACCGAGAAAGCGAAGAUCGCGAGCAAGGGUGCGGCGAAAGCCGCAAAGGUGGGAGCUGGAGAAGCAAGGCCAGUGGGCCGCCAAGUGGGCCGCCAGGACCUAGCAUCCCUGAAGUCAGAGGUCGUGCGGGAGCUGAAGCAGCGGCCCAUGACGUUGCAAACUCUAAAUUCACUUUUCGGCUGCCGCCUGAAGGAGGCGACCAAAUCCAUGGGCCAGCAAAUCAAGUUCAAGAAGUGGCUCUUGGAGAUCGACGGCGUGAAAUGGGGAGGCAAAAAGGGAAAUCCUCUGCUGACCUGGAAGCCGACCUCACAGACACCUGCCGACAAGAGAUCUCGGUCCAGGAGCCCCCGAAGAGCCCCCGAUCCACCUCCCGGCAACUUCGGCGCCGCCCUGCAUCCCCAGUGGUAG